GUCACGACACUGUUACGCCUGGGAGAAGCCACGAGCUCCUGAGCUACCCAAGCGAAUGGAGCGGAAAGCGGUGGAUGCUAACAGCAGUGAAGGGAAGACAAGAAUUUGACUAAACUUUUCCUUUCUUCUGAAGGGCCCCCUUCCAGGCGGGUGGGAAGCCACAGAAGACCAGAGCCUGGAGAAAGCACUGCUUCAGGUGGAAGAGGAGCAGCAAAGGUGUGAGACUCUGGCAGAAGUGAACACUCUCCUGCGGGAACACCUCGAUGAAGCGAAUGAGGUUAAUUCAGCCCUUAAAGAAGAUGUUGGAAAACUGACGGCGGAUUGGAUGAGGGCCCGGGAGGAGCUGGAAUUGAAGGAGAGCGAGUGGCGCAGCGAACGUGAGCUUUAUGACAGCUACCUAAGGGGUGAACGCAGCCGUCUACUCAGCCUGUGGCGUCAGGUGGUAACCUUCCGCUGUCAUUUCCUGGAAAUGAAGACUGCCACUGACCGAGAUCUGUCAGAGCUGAAGGCAGAGCAAAUGAGGCUUUCUGGAUCUAUACUUGUAAACUGCUCCCGCCUAAACUGUGGCGUACGGCCCUGGGAAUCCGUUACGCUGGGUAGACCUGUCCUCAAGGAUCAGGCACAGCAGCAAGCAGAACAGGAAAUAAGCCAGAAGACUUGGGCAGUGAUGCACUUACAAGUCGAGGGGGACCCGGAGAAGAAGGAGCUUCAGGACAGACUGAAGGACUUAGCUGCACUUGAAGGAGAACAUUCAUCAUUACAGAGCGAGUUGGUAGUCGCAAGAGAGAUGCUGGAGGAAUCGCACCUUCAGAGGGAUCUGCUGAAGCAGGAGAAACACGAGCUUACCGUGGCACUGGAAAAGGCAGAGCAGUCAGUAGCAGAGUUGACAGGGGCUCAGAAUAAGCUGAGUGCUGAAAUAGCCGACCUACACGUUGCAGCAGCGAACAUGAGCAGUAUCAAUGAAGCUCUUGCGCUGGACAAAGUGCAGCUGAACAAACUUGUGUUGCAGCUGGAGCAAGAGCAUGACGUUCUGUCAGGUAAAGUGGACGAGAUGGAGAGAGCAAAGAUCUCUGACCAGGAGAGGCUGAACUUGUGUGAAAGAACAAACGAGGCGCUGAGCGCAGAGAAAGCCCACCUGGAGCAGCUGCUGAAGAAAGCAGAGGAGCAACAGGAGGGGCUGCAGGUAGAGCUGAGGAUGCUGGCAGAGGAGAAGGCAGAAACCCAAGAGAAACUCAAUCAGGUUCACCGCCAGCAAGAGUCAGCUAGCAGCGGUCUGGAGCAGUUGCGGCAGGAGUCCUCUCACCAAGGGCAGGCACUGGCCAACGUAUCCAAAGAGAAGGAAUUGCUGGUGCACGAGAAGGCUGCCCUAGAGGUGCGACUGGCAGCCACGGAGCGGGACAGACGAGGCCUUGCAGAGCAGCUGGCAGAGGCCAGGUCCGGGAGGGAGACCCUGGAAUCCAGCCUGUUUGAGGCUCAGCAGCGCUUACGUCAGCUGGAGAUCGCCAGGAGUCAGCUUGAAAUCCAACUUCACACAGUCAGGCAGGCCAAGGAGGUGAUACAAGGGGAAGUGAAGUGCCUUCAACGUGAGCUGGAAGCAGAGAGAUCUCUCAUGAAGCAGGAACGGGAAAACAUGGCGCAGCAGCUCUUGCGGAGAGAAGAGCAGUAUAACGAUACCCUCAGACUUCGGGAAACUGAUCACGAAGUGGAAAUAAACAAGCUCCUGCAAGAGCUGGCAAGCGAGCGGGAAGGGCACCAUUCAGAACUGCAAGAGAUGCUGCAGAAAUGGGAAAAGGAGAAGGCAGAGACAGAAGGGGAGCACGAGAAGAAGCUGUUUGAUAUGAAUCAGAAAGUUGCCACCAUGCAAGCUGAACAAGAGGAGGAACGGACGAGAGUGGAAAAUGCCAAGCAAGAGCAGGAACGGGACAGACUGCGAGCAGUUAAAGAAGAACUGGUACGGGAGAUAAAACUUCUUCAGGAAUCAGUCACAGCCUCCGACACCCGAGCAAAUGCAGCAACAGAUAGGAAUCGCUGCCUUGAACAAGAACUUCAAACUACAUUGUCUAUGUUAAAAAUCAAAAAUGAGGAAGUGGAAACGCAGCGGGAGAAAAUCCAGACGCUCCAAGAAGAGGCAGCACAGGGAAAAGCUUUGCAGGAGAGUCUCACUCAAAUGACUGCCAUCCUGUCAGAGAGGGAGGGAGAAAUGAAGUUGUACCAGGAACAGAUGAGAAUGCUGGAAAAGGAGAAAGAAAUGCAUGAAACUACUCUCAGUGAGGUUAUCAAGGACAUAACAGAGAAAAAACAGAAGGUUGAAUCCCAGCAAGAACAGAUACAGGAGCUGGAGAAGCAGCAAGAAAUGCUGAGGACUGCUGUCAGCAAGAUGAGCAAAGAGCUGGAGGAGAGAGACCGGGAGAUCCAAUUCCAGGAAGGGAAAAUAAUGAUUCUAGAACGACAAGGUGCAUCACAGGUGAGAAAUCUGCAGGUGGAUCUUGAUCAUAUGAAAGGAAACUUGAAGGAGAAGAACUUGGAGCUUCUGUCUCUGACUCAGCAGAUCCAAGCACUGGGGGAGAGAGAACAGGUGAAAUCUCUGCACGCGAGCCUUGGAGACCUGAGGGCAGUUCUUAAGGACAGAGAGAGCGAGUGUGAUUCUCAAAGGGAUCAGUUAAGACUCUUGCAGCAGUACAAGGAACAGCAAGAGGGCUACCUGCAAGAGCUUCGUGGUACACUAGAAAAGAUGACCCUUUCUUUAUCGGAAAAGGAUCAAGAGCUUGAGUCACAACAAAAGCAAAUCCGGGAAGCUGAAGAAGUCAUGGAAAUGCAGUUAAGGACUGUCCGUGACCAACUGGAGCAGACCUUAGGAACCUUAAAAGAAAAGGACAGACUCCUAGACAUCCAAAAGCAACAAGGAAGGAGCUAUGCGGAAAAAACAGAAGAACAGAUGAAUGUCUUACACAGAGACUUAGAAUACACUACAGCAAUACUGAAAGAAAAGGAUUUAAUGAUUGAAUCUCAGAAGGAACUGAUUGAGACCUUCCAAAAACAAGAGCAAGACUCUGAACAGCAGAAGGAAAUUCUGCAGCAGCUUCAGGUGGCACUAAAGGAAAAAGAACAAGAAAUUUUAUCCCUUAGAAAGCAAUGUGAGGCGUGGAAGGAAAAGGAGGAAAAGCGUGAAGCUGAGCAAACAAAUCUCCAAGCAACAAAACUGACUCUGAAAGCAAGAGAGGAAAAGAUAGAGGUUCUGGAGGAGGCUAUCUCUAAGCUUCAACAGCAAAAGGAGGCGGCAGCGAUGCAGACCAAAGCUAUAUUGCAAAAACUAGAAUACGCUGAAUCUUCUCUAGAAGCGAGAGGUCAAGAGAUAGUGUCUUUGCAAGAGCACGUCCAGGAGCUUCGAGAGCAGAAGGAGUUAGAAGGCAAGCAGGCCAAGAGUCUAGAGCAGGAUCUAGACAAAAUGAGCCAAAUCUUGAAGGAGAACCAUUUGGAGUUCCUCAGGCAGACAGAGCAAAUGAACGUGUUCCGGCUUCGUGAAGAAAGCACAAAAGUAGCACUAACAUCAUGCCAGCAGCAAGUGGAUCUGCUUGAGCAAGCGGUGAGGAAGAGAGAGGAAGACAAUGAAACUCUCGUGCAAAAACUCCAGCGGCAAGAAGAAGAACUGAAGACCUUGCAGAAUCUCCAGCUUAGGCUAACCAAGAAGAAUGAAGAGGUUAGGCAUCGCAGGGAGCAAGAGAAGCUCCUGGAAGAAGCCUUGCAUGAGAAGGAGCAAGAGACCAAGGCUGAAGGUGAACUAAAAGAGUUAGAAGAGGAAGUAAGAGCUCUUCGGGAAGAUCUCCAGCAUGUUCAGCCGACUCUGACAAAGAAGGAUGAAGAGAUCAAGAACCACAGAGACAGAGUCGGGUACUUAGAGAAGACUCUGACAGAGAGAGAACAAGAGCUUAGGAGGCAGAGUGAACUCUUGAAGCAAUUAACAUCAGCUUUGCGAUGGAAGGAUGGCGGGGAGACCCUACAGAAACAAAUCCAGAAACUCCAGAAAUGGGAGGAAGAGGAAGCAGAGAAGAGGCGAGUUCUCCAGGAGAGAGACCGUUCCUUGCAAAGACAGAAGGAGCUAACCCAACAACUGGCGCAUGAGCGGAAAGCCAAGGGGGAAGAAUUGGAGCGCACGAUUGCUAUUUUGAAGCAGACCGAGAGCAGAGAAGUCAAAUGGAGAGAGAAGGCACAAGCACUGACUCUUGCCCUUACCAAGAGUGAAAUGGCCAAUGGGACUCUGAGGGAAGAAAUAGCCAUCCUGCAGAGUAUGGUUUCGGAGAGGGACACGGACCGGUUUCAUCAUCAGCAGGCUAUUGCAGAAGGGGAGCAGCUAUCAUGGCUCUCGGAGAAGAGACUCCUGUCACAGCAGCUGGAAUGUCUGCAGCGAGCAGUUGCAAGGCUGGAACUGGAGAAGGAGCUGAAGCAACUCAAUGCUGAGCUCAGGAGGACUCUCGAGCAGGUGGAACGUGAACGGAGGAGACUGAAGAGAUAUCACAGUGGUCGGUCGCUGCCAGAUGCGUGCGGAUUUUUGCUCUCUGACCAGCACAAGAUGGCUGCUUCUAGACAGGAGGAGUCUCACGCUCGCUGCAGUCGUCGAUUAGCUGAGUUGCAGAACCAGGUGUCCCUUCUGCAGACGCAGCUGGCACAAGAACGAAAAUACAAGCAGGACUAUAUCGAGUGCUGUGCCAAGACCAGCCAGGAGCUGUCAGACCUUCACCAAGAGCUGUCUCGCUCCUUAGCAGCUGUGGUCAGGGAGCCCAAAGCUGCUGUUCUGGAAGCAGAGACUCGGAAGCUGGGUCAGCCUCUCUGAACCUUCUUUUCCCGUAGAGGAGCAGCUGCAGCAUCACGGCGUUCCGGUCUUGUGCCCUUCCUGGAAAUGUAUUAUGUUUUGCUGUGGGAAAUGGGGGUACAUUUGUUCUGUUUGCGUUCGGAAGCAUUUCCUAGCGACAGCGAUUUUUAAAAUUUUUUUUUAAUAAAAGAGAUUUUGCAGGACUGCA